AUGAGUCUGGAAAAAAGCAGUCUUCUCUACAAGCUGUCACCGAUACUGGAUGAGUUUGAUGUAAUACGAAUGGAAGGACGGUUGGCCAUGGCGGAUUUCCUACCCUUCGAACUGCGUUACCCGAUAGUGUUGCCAAGGGGCCAUCAGAUCACACGUAAACUUCUGGACCAUUAUCAUCAAAAGUUCGGCCAUGCAGGACGGGAGACGGUCACCAACGAAGUGCGACAGAGGUUCUGCAUUCCGCAUCUUCGAGCCGAAAUAAAGAAGGUGAUGGACAGUUGCAUGUGGUGCAAAAUUAAGAAAUGCAAACCUGACACACCGAGAAUGGCACCGUUACUAACACAACGUAUAACGCCCAAUCGUCGUCCGUUCAGCUUUAGUGGAGUCGACUUCUUCGGUCCCCUGGAGGUAACCGUCGGUCGGCAUGUGGAGAAACGAUGGGUGGCGUUGUUCACAUGUCUCGUUACCAGAGCAAUCCACCUAGAAGUGGCCCAUAGUUUGUCAAGCCAGUCCUGCUUGAUGGCAAUAAGACGGUUUGCAUGUCGACGGGGAAUGCCUGCGGAGUUCUUCUCAGACAACGCGACCAAUUUCGUAGCUGCGAGUAAAGAGGUGAUGAGGAACAUCGUGAUGAGCUGUAGUGAAGCGUUCACGGACGCAAGAACUAAAUGGAAUUUCAUUCCACCAGCGGCCCCCCAUAUGGGCGGGGCCUGGGAGAGAAUGGUUCGAUCUGCGAAGGGGGCUUUAGCGGCAUUGGACGACGGAAGAAAACUCACCGACGAAGUAUUGCUGACGGUUCUGGCUGAGGCGGAAGAUGCGAUCAACUCUAGACCGCUAACAUAUAUGCCGCAGGCGCCGGAUACGGUGGAGGCUUUGUCACCGAAUCAUUUUCUGCGAGGUUAUCCAUCAGGAGGAACAGAGUCGUACGUUAUCCCCGCGAACAAAGCAGAAGCAUUACGGGAUGGUUACAAGCGGUCCCAGUGGUUGGCGGACAAGCUAUGGCAGAGAUGGUUGCUGGAGUAUUUGCCGCUCGUCAACAAGCGUACGAAGUGGUACACAGAUCAUGAACCGAUCAAAGUCGGCAUUGUGGUCUAUCUGGCGGACAACGAAAAUAGGAAGACGUGGAUCCGGGGAAUCGUCGAGCAAGUCAUAAAAGGCAUCGACGGGCGCGUCAGACAGGCGAUUGUACGAACAACCAACGGAGUCUUCAAACGUCCAGUGGCUAAGAUAGCGGUGCCUGAAAUUGAAAGCUGUAAGUCUGGCUCCAAUCCGGAAUCUACACCAGAAUUACGGGGCGGGGCUGUUGCGGCACCACUGGGCGCACUGCCGGACGCCCUUAGCGCUCCCCAGCUGUGA